UUUAUUUGUUUCUAUCAAAUCAGGUUAUAAGUUAUAUGAUGACCAGCUGAACGUAUUCGUGUAUACUUGUUGGUUUUAUGUAGCUAGCUGGCUCUUUUAGCAUUUAUUUACAAUAAAACAGCUUUUAAACCCUUUCACUUUCGAAUUCAUCGUCCCUUCCCAGGAAGUUAUCCGUGACGCUUCUUCAGAGACUUUCGUCAUUUCGUACAACUUAAAGAGCAGAAUAUAAUCACAAUAUAGUCGAAUACAUAAUGGCUCUUUUCCAAGUAUCUGGUUUGAAGUCUUAUGCUGAACUCCGUGAGCAGAUUCUUCCAGCCAGACAGACGCAUCUCUUCGACCGAACCAACCACUACAACUUCGGGACCAAAACGCAGGAAUUUGCUGUCCCUCUGGGUGUAGACCCUUCAGGGUUUCUAGGAACCUGCAGCCGUGAUGGUGGUGUGAGUAUAGACCUGAACCACGGGACGACCACCCUGGCCUUCAAGUUCAGACAUGGAGUCAUUGUGGCUGUGGACUCCAGAGCCUCAGCAGGCCGUUACUUGGCGUCCAACGACGUCAACAAGGUGAUAGAGAUCAACCCCUACCUGCUGGGCACCAUGUCGUGCAGCGCUGCAGACUGCCAGUACUGGGAGAGACUCCUGGCCAAAGAAUGCAGGCUGUACAGGCUGAGGAGCAACCACAGGAUCUCUGUGGCUGCUGCCUCCAAGCUGCUGUGCAACAUGAUGCUGGGCUACAGAGGCAUGGGCCUCUCUAUGGGAAGCAUGAUCUGUGGAUGGGACAAAGAGGGUCCCGGUCUGUACUACGUGGACGACCGAGGGACGCGUCUGUCCGGCCGCAUGUUCUCCACCGGCUGUGGGAGCAGCUACGCCUACGGCGUGGUGGACAGCGGCUACAGGGAGGACAUGGCGGUGGAGGAGGCGUACGAGCUGGGCCGCCGGGGCAUCGCUCACGCCACACACCGGGGCUCGUUCCGGUGCUCCCGCUCUACACAUGCGCCACCGUCGACCCUCAAUGCUGUUCAAUGAUUUUACACACGUGUUGAUUAGGACGGUCUUAAUCAAUGCGUCUCAUGUUUUCUUGUCUUAUGAAAAGUAAAACCCUCUUCAGAUAUCUGUGAAGAAUCACUACUUUGCCCCUAAAAUGUUCACUCUUCUUGCUCUUUUGUUGGACGUCUGCAGGUCAAAGACUCGUCCAUUUAUCCUCAGAGACAACAGAGAACACUGAAUAUUCAGAUCAUUGUAGAUACUACGACCACAACAUGUGCUGAUAAGACGCAGGAUUUACAAAUGUUAUUUUGUUACGAUAAAAUGAUCU